AAACGAAGGAGGCAUUUUAGUCGAGUUGGUCUCAACUUCAGUGAAGCACACACGUUCGCAAUUCCCGCGCUGACUUAAUGCGAGCAACGGAAAAAAGAAUUCGUGACAAUUUUCGAGGCAGAGCUCAGUCGUUGAAAAAGGAGUGUCGUCCUAAAAGGUCAAAAUGACUCCACCGAAGACCUGGCGUUUAGGUCCGAUAAGUUCGUUUUGUGUGCUCUGUUGUGUGUUGCCUGGGCCGGUGAUUUUCCCCAAUCUCCUCUCAUUUGCAUCAGCUGACUUUGUUGUCAAUAGUCACCUGAUGAGCGUAUCCAACAUCUACUGGAACACGUCCAACCCGAUGUUCCGAAUCGACAACACUGACCACAUCGUCGACGUGCCUGAAGGAGCUCGCGUCAACAUCAUUUGCCCAUUCUACACGAGAGCACUCACGCCUAACGAAUCCGAGACGGAGCAAUACAUCAUCUAUGCCGUCAACCACGAGGAAUAUGCCACUUGCCGGAUCAUGCGGGCUCAACCGCGAAGAAUUGCCGAGUGCGAUAACCCAUACAAACUCAAAUACUUCACUAUCAGUAUCCGCUCUUUUAGCCCUUUGCCGGGGGCCAUGCAGUUCAAGCCUGGCGAGGAUUAUCACUUCAUUUCCACGUCUCAAAGGGGAGAUUUGCAUCGCCGCGUGGAAGGAGCGUGCCGAUCCAAUAACAUGAAAGUCGUUUUCAAAGUCAAUGAUGGGAAAUUGACGACAAAACGGCCUUCGGGCCCUACCUCAGGCGGGAGCAACCACCAAGACUAUGAACACUACGAGGGACAAGAUGAAGGCAGGGACGACGUCGCCGACUACGACGCCGACGAAAUCGAGUCAGAUAUAAGUGACAGAGACGUCAAUUUGGAUUCAAAUGCCAUCUUAGACAGAGAAGCGAACCUUCAGAGCAUGAAGAGCCCAGGCGAAUCAGUGCAGCGAACUAGCAAUUCCGAUGGAACGAGGAGAGGAAUUGGCAAGAACGAGGAACGAGGAGUUCCACUACUGACCCAGGGAACGGCCGAAGAAGAAGAGAAGCGGGAGGCUGGAGAGGAGGCGGAAUCCCUCAAUGAGGACAGAUCUUUGGACAUGAAGAAGAAGACCAAGAACAGAAAGGACAAGAAAAGACGCAAGAAAACGAGGAAAAGAAAAGGAUCUCACAUUGAUAGGGAGCGACAGAGAAAGCACAGGAUCGUUGGCAGUGAUAAUUCCCUUUUGAAUGACAAACCCUCUCUCGACGGGGGUCCAGCCAGAUCUUCAUCAUCAACCUCAUCAUCGGGGCCCUUCACUGAAGUGCCUUUUCCAACCAGCUGGAACAAAGAGGAUUCGUCGUUUUCGGGACCUCGGCGAAUGAUUGAAAAAGAGCUCUCCCUAGUUGAGAAAGUGAACAACUUGAUGAAGCAAAAAGCCUCGAUAAGAACCUCCUCCUUCAAUGGGGCCUUAGCCCAAGUCUCCCCAAGUCGUCAACGCGAAGGUUGGGGAGCCGCUUUUUUGUCUCUCAACUUGAUCGCCCCCCUUCUUCUGGCCAUGCUCGUGUGAGGGAAGUUGGUCAUUUGCUAACGCGCCUAUACCCCCCCUUGCACCAUCGCCAAGAGCAUCAAGGCUGGAGCUCACAAGAUCUUUUUUUUCUGGUCUUAUGAACGCCGAUGUAGUCACACUUCAUACACAUAAGGGAACCAUUAGCUCGUCUCCCCUCUUUCAAAAAGAUCAAAUUCAAGAGUGGUCCAAAUGGGAGAGAAAGCAACGUGCCAGGAGUCGUGUUGCCGAGACCCGCUGAUUGAGGCAUUACGUUCGAGGUCUUUCAAUCGACAUUAAAUUUGAGAAUGCCUUCCUCAAUAAGGCCUGUCAGGCCAGAUUAGGUGGCCUUCGUUCUCCUUUGGAUUUAAGACAAGCCAAGGAAAAAAAGGAGUCAUUUCUUCCCAAGAGAAAGAAGCUAUGAAAUGGAAAUUUUCCCCCUUCCGUUCCCAAGAGCGGACGAGGCAGCUCUAAAUCACCGUCAAACUCAAAGAGAAAGAUAUCGUUCAUUCCCAAUAUUUUGGAAGCUAUUUCCUUUCCUUGCCAAACGACUGGAAUUUGCAUAUACUCAUAAACGUGUAAAUGACCCGUUGGCAAUUGGAUCUCGUGGUUCCAUCGAGAUCCUGCCCACUGAAAGUUUUCGCUUGGUCUCAGUCUCGUGAAAGCAAGAUAGAUGCCCAUUGUUUCCCUUCAACACACUAUUAUGGAACGAGUACGGCAUUGUAUGUACGGUCGAUCUUGGACAACCUUGUCCCAGGGACAAUGUUACCCCGUGGGUAAAAGUUGACAAAAGUAUGGCCAAAAAGAGCCAUUCCUUCUGCCUUCCAGACGCUUGCUCAUUGUCAAUGAAGGGUCCUUGAGAACUUCCUUUAUGGGAUGGCAAAACUUGGGUGGUGUGGCCUGUGUUCAUGUUCUCGAAGGUUUUCUUGCCGUGAUGUCCCUUAGCGUUCGCUUGCGCUUCGAAGCUAAAAAAAAAAAAUGGCUCCAAGUCUCCAACCAAGAACGCACACAACUGAAAAAAAGAAGAAAAUACAUUCUUACCCAGCUAUUCAGGCUAGAACGAAUUCCCGUGCAGAAGGAGAAGUAAGUCACGGCCAAUGCGGUAAUUUAUGAACACCUUGCCCCAAGGAGACUUUCUUUAUUUCCUGCGUCCAUCUGUGAUAGAUUUUGCGUAGCUAUGUCAAAUAAACGUGCUGUUUCCC